AGAAAAAAACACAAAAGUUAAUGGUAAAUAAGGGUGAUAAUUUACCUCGGUCCCGCAGGAUCCCCUUCACUAGGUGGGGCAACCUUGUCAAAAACGGAGGCUUCGAAGUGGGUCCGCACACCUUCAAGAACUUCUCUACGGGCGUCCUCCUCCCUCCAAAGAAAUCCGACGUGAUCUCCCCCCUCCCCGGCUGGAUCAUCGAAUCCCUCAAACCCGUCAAAUACGUCGACAAGAAGCACUUCUCAGUCCCAUCUGGCCUUGCCGCCAUCGAGCUGGUAGCCGGAAGAGAAAGCGCCAUCGCCCAAGUAAUCCGAACCGUCCCAAACAAAUUCUACAACCUCACGUUCACCAUCGGAGAUGCAAAGAACGCCUGCCACGGAUCCAUGAUGGUGGAGGCUUUCGCCGCCAAGGACACCCUCAAGGUCCCUUACGAGUCGCAGGGGAAAGGCGGAUUCAAGACGGCGAGCUUCAAGUUUCAGGCGAUCUCGACGAGGACGAGAAUCACGUUUUUCAGUGCUUAUUACCAUACCAAGCUGCAGGAUUUUGGACAGAUGUGCGGCCCUGUGUUGGAUGAUGUCGGAGUUUUUUCUGUCUAAUAAUUAGGCAAAACCGCAGAGUUGAUUUCGAGUAAAAAUCAUAAAAUUAGUCCUCAAACUUUUAUGUCCUUUGCAAUCAAACCCUCAAAGAAAUUUUCUUUCAGGUCGACGAAGCUCUUGUAGUUUUUGAAUUGGAUUGUUUAAGUUUAAAGUGGAGUGAAAUGUCCAUUUUGGUUUGUUUUAUGUUGUACCGAUAAUUGAUCAUAGU